UGUCUUUCAUGCACUCUGGCCUCCUUGCCUCCGCAAACUUGCCUCCCAGGGAGAGAGCCCUAGGCCUGCAACCAUGCCCGUGACAGGUGUGCGUGUGCCUGGUGGCUGGGUGGCCAGUGGGCUUUGGGGUCAGUCAAGCUUGGGUUCUAACUUGAGUAUGGCCCUUCUAAGCUGUAUGGUCUUGGAUUCAUCACUUCUCUCUGAGCCUUCAUGUGCUCAUAAAAAUGACACUAACUAACCACCUCUGCCCCCAAGCUACUCCGUACAGUGCCCACCGAGUGGCCAGAUCCCAGGACAUGGGAGGGGUCAGCCCCCAUGUGUCCCUGAGCAGGCCCAGCCCCCCUCCUUACGUCACUGUUCCCUAUUUGUGAAAUGGGGCUGAGUUGGCUGCAGCAGGGAUCCCAGUAGGGGAGGUGCACACGUGGCGUCUCUGGGGGAAGGAAGAGAGUGGGAGGGGUGAGCUGUUGGUUCCCCAUUGGUCUGGGUCAGGCUUUCCGGGGUGGCCCCCCCAGCACGCAGGCACACGCACACCUGCGCCCAAACCACAGCCCAGGCUCACUGAGCCAGAGCCACUGACCAUGAGGCUGUCACUGCGCCUGCUACUGCUGCUGGGAGCCUGGGCCAUCGCAGGGGGCUUCAGGGACAGGGCCCCACUCACAGCCACGGCCCCACAGCUGGACGACGAGGAGAAGUACUCAGCUCAUAUGCCUGCUCACCUGCGGUGUGACUCCUGCAGGGCAGUGGUCUACCAGAUGUGGCAACAUUUGGCAAAGGCAGAGGCCAAGCUUCACACCCCAGGCUCAGGGGGACAGCGGCGGGAGCUGAGCGAGUCAGUAUACACAGACGUCCUGGACCAGAGCUGCACCCAGACCUGGCAGGGCUAUGGGGUCCGAGAAGUGAACCAGGUGAAACGUCUCACAGGCCCAGGACUCAGCAAGGGGCCAGAGCCAAGCAUCAGCGUGAUGAUCACAGGGGGCCCCUGGCCCACCAGGCUCUCCACGACAUGUUUCCACUACCUGGGGGAGUUUGGAGAAGACCAGAUCUACAAAGCCCACCAACAAGGCCAAGGGGCUCUGGAGGCAUUGCUGUGUGGAGGACCCCAAGGGGCCUGCUCGGAAGAGGCGACUGUCACAAGGACAGAGCUCUAG